AAAAUUGUCCCCAAAACCAAAAAAUAAAAAAUAAAAGAAAAAUUCCAAAUGAAAUAAAAAGGAAAAUUUACAAACCAAGGCUGGCCCGGCCACAAAGGAAAAGUCACUUGUGAAAAUAUAAAUAUAAAUUCCUGCGUCAACUGUCACCGACGGCGGCAUUUUCCAGCGCAAUGUUAUUUCCGUGCAUUCGGCGAUUUUAGUGUGGUAACACAUUUUAGCGCUUCGCUUGAAAAUGUUGGAGAUGGCCCCAAAUGGAUUCAGUCGGACAGUGGCGGCGGUGGCUGCCUAGAACGGAAAAUAUAAAACGGAAGCCCGAAAACCUAAAACCGUAACCGAGACCUCAGACUCGAAAAUAAUGUGCAGCAGCAGGAGCAGCAGCAACAGCGGGCACUGAAGUUGACAAGACUUCACCACAUCCACACACGCCCACACACCACACACAGACAUUGGCACACAGAUAACCACUAAUACACACGUCGAGGAACUAAAAGGAUAUAUAAUACACUUUUUUUGGGGGGGAGCGGAGUACAACAAUGGUCAUCCAGUGCACAUGUGAUUGCAACUGCAGUGAUAGUAGAGAUAACCGGAGCAUCAUCUCCUGCCUGCUCCCCGGAAGAAGCCAGCCGUAUAAACUGGAACUGGGACUGGGAUUCGGAUCUUCGGCUGUUGGGGGCGAUGAUAUGGAGCAUAGGAUUCCGUACUAUCGCCGCUUAUCGAAUACCUCAUCGGCGCUCUAUGGCAGCUGUCCCCAGUUACUACCCAGUAGCAGCACCACCCAUAUUAGCACCGGCAACACCGCCAAAACCACCACCAGCAACCACCAUUCCUGCCAACGGAAUUUGAAGAAUCGCGAUCAAUCGAUUAACUUGGAAGAGCGACAAUAUUCGAGUUUGGUGAGGCCCAAACAACGGAGUCCGGUGCUGUGCAACAAAUCCUGGUGGGUCUCAUGUCCCCGGCUCUCCCACUUACCCACAGCCACUACUGCUGCUGCUGCUGAGCAAACGAAAAUGCAGUCCACGGCCACGCCCACCCGCCAUUGUGGAGGCGUUGGAGGUGGCACCAGCACUAACACCACAACACCGCCCACUCUACCGCGCUUUCCCAGCAAACGGCAUUGUGACAAUUUUGGUAGCUAUGCCACAUUGCCCACCAUUGAGCAGCAGCAGCAGCACCAACUGCCCCACUGCAGCCGACACGGAGGAGGAGGAGGAGUUGGAGGUGGGGUUGUAAGCUCUGGGGUAAGCGGCGGUGUAAUGCCAGCCCCACCACCCCCACGCUACGCAAAUCCCAAUUUGAAUGGCUGUUGUUAUAUGUACAACCCCAUGCCCACCCACCAUCAGCAGCAGCAACAACAACAGCAGCAGCACCUUCAGCAGCACCACCACCUCCAGCACCAGCAACAGCAUCAGCACCACCCCCACCAAUAUGCCCCGCCGCAAUAUUGCCUCUGCGAUAAUUGGUACCAUCAGUCGCAGCAGCAGCUCCACCAGCAGCACCACCAACAAAGGAGCAAGCCCCUUUUGGCCAACGGCGGCUGCUACUACGGCUAUGAUGGCCAUCACGCGCUCCAGGCACCACCGCCGCCCCAUCCCAGCCACAUUACGGACGAGGAGGAUUCGGCGUUUCCCGGAUUGGCCGAUCGAGAGUUCCACCUGCUGCACCGGAACAUCCCGGCGCUGCGUCGCACUGGCGUGGACACCACACGCAUUAGACAGUACUUUUAUCCCGACGGUGGCUGGGGCUGGAUCAUCUGUGGUGUGUCCUUUCUUGUCCACGUCCUGACCACAGGACUGCAGCUAAGCUACGGCCUUUUGUUGUUCUAUGCUGUUGAGUAUUUGCAUAAUGCCAGUGGAGUAGAACUGCUGGGUGCCCUGAGCUGGUCAGUUUCCAUGGUGGCCACAUCGUUUGUGGUGUCCCUCUGCCGUAAACGCUCCAUCCGUCUCCUCUCCAUUGUGGGUGGCCUGGUGAUGCCCCUGGGCAUACUGUUCACCUCAUUUGCCACGGAAUUUGGCCAGGUUGUUUUCAGUUAUGGCAUCGUCUUCGGCGUGGGUGUGGCCAUGGUCCGGGAGGCAUCCACCGUGAUGCUGGGCAAUUACUUUAAGCGGCGCCGUCAAUUCGUCGAGAUGGUGGCCAUGUCCGGUGAGGGAGUGGGCAUCGCUUUGUUCUCCGUCAUUUUGAAGGAGGGCGUGGGCAAGGCCGGCUGGCGCCUCGGCCUCCAAAUCGUGGCAGCCCUGACGGCCCUUAGCUUCUUCAUGGGCCUAAUGUACCGGCCCGCCUCCCUCUACCAUCCCCAGCGCCGGGCCAUUCAACAUCUUAAAAAUCAGCGCAAAAAGAUGCGAGAGAAGAAACCAAUCCUCAGCCAGGAGGUGGAGAGCACACCUAGAUACUUAUUUUUGGACAUAUCAUCACUGAAGUCGGUGACUGUUAAAAUUUUACUUAUGACCUCCAGCGUGGCCUCCUUUGGCAUUUACACACCCAUGUUCCUAAUGGCCCUCAACGCCGCCGAGCAGGGCUCUGACGUACAGGAGUUGGUCCUUCUGCAAACUUUCCUAGGAAUUUCCAUGGCCCUGGGUGUGGUUAUAGCCGGAGCCCUGCUUAGACGCUGUUUUGUGAUUAGGCACUUUGUGAUCAAUACGAAGAUUGUCACCCAGCUCUUUAUCUCCAUUGUGGCCUUGGCUAUCCUUUUUCUGUCCUUUGUCAUGGGCUACACAGGACUCUGCAUACUGAGCUGGCUGUACGGCAUAGGCUUGGGUGGCUUUCAGUACUCCCUCAAAAUUUUGGCCCUUGAACGCAUUAAGCUGAAGCACUUCUCCAAGGCCUGGGGUUUCAUACGUGGCGUGGAGUCGGUUCCUGUGCUGAUAAGUGUGCCACUCACAUCGUUUCUGAAUGAUUACUCCCUUAAAUACGGUCGAGCUGGUUACUAUAUAUGCUCGGCGGCAGCGGCUAUCUCGGGAAUUAUUAUCUUUUUCAUAAGCGAACCGCAGCAUCAGCAGCAGCAUCAUCAGCAGCAGCAACAGCAGCAGAUGCAUCAUCAUUAUCAGCACAGAAAUGGUCACUUACCGACGCCCAUGCUGGUCCGCCACUCAUCCGCGCGCCAGCACCGCCCACACCUGCCUCCGUUGGACUACGGUUACGGGGAGUACCCAGCACCGGAUCUCCUCAGUCGCAGUUGCAUUAGCCUCAAUCAAAUGGAACCCUAUCUGCAGACCAACUAUUGCCAGCGUCACAUGUUGCAGCAACACCAGCAACAGCAACAGCAGCAACAUUCCCACCUGCAGCAAUUGGCCUGCCACAAUCUGGAUGUACAACAGCAGCAGCAGCAUCAGGUAAGAGGAGCCUAUCAAUUGGGACAAGGCAGCAUUGGAGCCAGGAUGGGGAAGCGUUUGCAGCGCAGCUUGUCCUUCAUCCAGCAGCACAACUGCUGCGAGGCGCAGAACAUGUACUGCAGCUGGCACAGCACCUACGAACUGGGCUGCCACAAGAGCAACAAGUCCCCGGCCCUGGACAGACAGCCAUUGAUAUGCACCUGCAGCAGUCCGAAUAACAAUCCAACCACCUACGGACCCACCACCGCCACCACCCACUCCACCCGGAGUCGCAGCGUUCCGGAGGGUCUCUCCACGAUGUCACAGCAGUGUAACUGCCGGCACGGCUCGGGAACCACCAUUCCGGGUCUGGGACAGGGACCGGGAUCGGGACCCACGCGGGAGUUCAUCUACGUGCCACAUGCCUAUGCCUCGUUACAAAGGACCCCCACCCACCGUCAGCGGAGUGGCGAGGCGGGCAGCUUAGGGGCCGGUGGUGCUUGCUCGGCAAUGCGGAGCAAUCCACAGUGCCGGCUGAAGCGCUCCCAAUCCCUCUGCCGACCCACAGCCGUGCAGUUUGUGGAGCAAAUCACCACGUCCGUGUAAGAAAAGAGGCGGUGAAAAGUGCACUCGGAAAAAUUAUGGCCUUAGACUACAUAAUUUAUUAGUUUAAAUGCCAGCUAGAAAAAUAUUUUUUACUUUAUUAAAGAAGACUAUUUUAUUUAAAAGUCCUGCAAACUAUAAUACUCUUAAAUGGUUUUAAUUUUCUAAUCUCAGGUUUCAAGUUUAGAAAAAUAUUGAGUAUAUGUAUGAAAUUAAUAACUACUGCAAAAUAUUUAAGAAUUUAAAUAUAACCAAUUAAAAAUCUAGAGAAGUAUUGAAUCUAUUUGAAAAAAGAAGACCUAUUUUUCCGAGUGUUACUAAGCCCAUAAAAAUGUGAAAUAUUCCCCGCAACAAUUGGGUCCUAUAGACUUAUAUUUUGGUAUUAUAGUCACACACCCACACACGGCUACGUGAAUCGCAUGCAGAAUUUGUCAGAUCUCCUCUAGUCUUUUGUCGUACUAGCUAUAUUAGAAAUGUAAAGUUAAAAACUCCAACUGAAUGAAGUCGAAGGUGUAACUGAAUACCCACAACACCCACAACACUCUAUGAAUUUGUGCGCUCGUUAAAAAAGAAAACAUUAAACUUUUAUACAGACAUUAAGCUAGGAUGAAAUUUUUACUCAUUAGAAUAUUAAUAUUUUAUAGAGAUUACAGACAGACAGAAAAGCUUUACCAAUGUCUCAACCAGCACAAAAACGAAUAAGAAAUAAGACAUUAGAAAGUAUUCAAAUUGUGGCCAAAAUGCAUAAAUAUUUAUGAGAUUUUUCAAUAGAGCGGAGCUGAGAGAAGUAAGAAACGAACAGAAAUCCAACAAACUUCUUAAAUGGUCCAUUUUAUAAACGUGCAUACAAUUUAACCACCGAAUACCGAUUACCAAUAUAUAUACAUAUAUAUAUUUAAAGAUAUGUACAUGGAUAUUAAGUCGAUCCAAUUACAGGGCUCGCUCCCCAAGGAAACGAACGGCGGAAUUGUCCUGCUGUGUCAAGUGCCGAGUUUUCUGUGUCGGCGAAUUACUUUAUUUUUCAAUAACACAUAUAUAUUUGUAUAUUGCAUAAUUAAGAGGCGUUUAACGGGGGAAAACAAUGCAAACGACGCCAAACGGAAUGGAAUAAAAUUAAAAUGAAAAUGAAUAUUACUUUCGCCACGACGAGUGAGUGAGCCUUAUUUUCCGAUCGAAAUGAAACGUAUGAAAUAAUAAUGAGAACCAUUAUGAUGGCCAUAAUUAAUUGAGAACUUAAAUGUGAAGUGCACAAUUAUCAGAGGAAAUGCGGUCGGCCCUGAGGUCAUCCCAAAUAAAUUACAAAAAAAUACAAAUAAAGACCAUAAAUUAUACCACGAAUGCUAAUUUGUAAAUCAUUAGGAAUUUAUUAAAAAACAGCGCACCCCUCUCUAAACAAAAGUUAAUCUUUUAACAAACAGGAAAUUUAUAACACGAGGAGUUAUCAUAAACUAUGAAAACGGAAAUAAAUCAACAUGAAAAAAAUACACAAAGUCUGCAAUAAAAUAAACAAUUAAAAUAGUAAACGUAAACAAAAAUAAACAAAAAUAUUCAAUGAGAAAAAAAUAACAAAGACUUUGUAACAAUAUGUGGUGUACUGAAUGAAAAUUUGUAAAAGCCAAUUAUAUAAACGUAAAAGGUUUUCCCAAUCGAUUGGAAAAUGAAACCUAUUUCCCGCAUCUCAACUCUUUUGUGUAUAAAUUCUAAAAUGAAAUCUUCACCGAGCACUAAAUAUAAAUGGACUCGAGCCAAAACAACUGCCAUAAAAAUGCAAUAAAAGGACACAUUUACAUACUAAGUACAUGUAUCUAAAAACAUUUUUUCUCUCUUUCAAAAGCAUUUAAAUAAAUUAGGCAUAAAUUUCAACUCAAUACAUUUUCACUCUCCAAAAUUUUUCGCCACUUGUGUUCAGCGAAAACAAAAAUUUACCAUAAAAUAAUAAUAAUAAUACCUACACAAGCAUAUCCAUGUGCCACAAAUAAAAACAUAAAAUUAUAAACUAUUAGAAGUUUUGUCAAAGAGAACUAACCAACUUAAGGUACAACUUGUAGCUAAAUAAAAAUUUUUAUCUGAUGGAUACAGCCCAUGAUUUAGAUACGUGAAAUUUUUCAGAGAAAAACAAAACACCUACGGCUAGAAGAAAACUCAUUAUUGUAACUCUUUAUCAUUAGUAGUUUAGUGCGAUAAAUGUUAAUAAAGAAACCAUAAACGAAA